AUGGCUGCCAUUGUACAGAAGGAUGAAAGAGAAGUGCCUAGGAAAUUUCGCAUGGCAAAAGGAAAUCCAAUAAAUUUUUCAAAAUGUGUCUUCCACUCCACUUGCACAUUGGUUUCUUACAUGCUGAAGCCUAAGAAAAAGUACUACAAACAUAUGAAUUACGGUAUGCAUCUAGUUGAUAAGAUGAGCAUGCUGUACAACGCAUCCAGAAAUUCAAGAAGAAGGCCUCUUACUGAAUUUUAUGAUUUGCUGUACCUUGAUGCCUUCAAUUCACUCUGCAUUUAUACAACAAACCAAAACUAA